GAGGUGGAGGUUGGAGUUGGGGGUUCCCCUGCAGAAGCCACCGACAGUGACAACAUUAUCAAUUCUCUCGCCCUUACCGCAACAGCGUGAGUGGACAGGAGGGAAAGAGAGGAUAAAAAAUAAGAAAGAGCCAAAAACAAUGUUGAAAGUGAAGAGGGAGACUCUUGGGGCUAGGGGAAGAGGGCAUGUGGAUGAGUGGGGGACACACCAAGCUCAUCAAUUAAAUCCUUUGAAAUUAUUGAGCUUGUGACAUAAAAGAAGGAAAAAGAAAGCCAAGCGACACAACACAGCACAACGCUGCACUCUCUCUCUCUCUCACUUCACUGCGAGUAUUUUGGACCUUAUGUCCUUAUGCUAUUACUGUGCUACCUCUGCCUCUGCCGCUCUACUGUGUAGAAGUCACAAGUAAAGAAAAAGGAAAAUCAAAAGCAGAGGAAGCCAUUUGCUUUCUACAGUGCUUCUCCCUUUGGGUUCUCUUUCAAGAAACACACAUCUCUGUUUUCUCUCCUCUCUCAAACUUUUUUUUUUUGAAGAUGCCAAGACCAGGUCCAAGGCCUUAUGAAUGUGUUCGAAGAGCAUGGCAUAGUGAAAGACACCAACCCAUGAGAGGUUCUCUCAUUCAAGAAAUUUUCAGAGUUGUCAAUGAGAUUCAUAGCUCAGCAACUAAGAAGAACAAGCAAUGGCAAGAAAAGCUCCCUGUUGUUGUCUUGAAAUCGGAAGAAAUUAUGUACUCUAAAGCCAAUUCGGAGGCUGAAUAUAUGGACCUUAAAACACUUUGGGACAGAACUAAUGACGCCAUUAACACGAUUAUUAGACGUGAUGAGAGUUCUGAAACUGGAGAGCUACUUCCUCCUUGUAUUGAAGCUGCUCUCAAUUUGGGCUGCAUGCCAAGAAGAACAUCGAGAAGCCAACGGAGCAGUCAACCGAGAUGCUACCUUAAUUUGGGCGCCCAAGAGCACACUAGUUUAGAGAACAUCACUCCAGGACAUCAGAUUGUUAAUCAACAUUACAUGUCACGUAACUCUACUUUGAUGGAACCCACAAGCACAGAUGUAGCUCAAAAUCCUGUUGUUCAAAGCAAUAUCAAUUCCACCAAGAAACUUCCCUUUGCAUCUGAGAAUUUUCCUCCAUCAAUCAAUAAGCAAUUCUUGCAUUUGGAAAAAUUUCCUGGUUCAAAUUCGUAUGCAGUUUACCCCUUGUUAAACAUUGAAGAACUACCACAUAAUUUUCAAAAAUUUCCUACCUCAACAUCUAACAGUGUGAAACCUGCCAAGACAAUUUCUGUUGAGAACUCUUCAGUGAAGAUGUAUCGACCAUAUAUUAAUAUCAGUGAUGCUCCUGAAAACCCACAUGACAUUAGUUGUGAUCUAUCGCUUCGGUUGGGACCACUGUCUGUUCCUUCCUUGAGUGUGGAAAAAUUUCAGCUACAACAGGUUAAAGAUGUUGGUUCUAGCUCUCUAGAGGGGAACAAAAUGAGUGACUUGACACCCCAACUGCAUAAAAAGUUAAGUUUCUGCACUAAUGCGAAGGUUGAUGGCCCAUUAGACAUGUGCUAAGGUCAGUGGAGUGAUGAGGGUACUGUUGAUACAAGAAUAAGAAAGCGAAAGGGGGUUUCUUUUCACCCAAUAGAGGAUCAAAUUUUUUGGCAGUCAAAGCUUCCAUAUAACCAGUUAGCUGGAUGAAUGAAAAGUGCAGAUUUGUAGACUGACUCUGAUUAGUUCAGGAAGUUGUUUCAAGUUCUUGACAUGCCUUAGUGAAUGCCCAUUACCGAAACAUUUUGUAAUCUUGCUGCACUUUGUAGUUUAUGUAUAAUUAGUUGCUUGUUUCAGUUUGCAUGAAAUGAGAUGUAAAUAUUAACCAAGGUCAUGGUGAUUUGACCCGAGAAACCUUAAUUUGAAUGGACAAAAAUAUCUUGUGUCUUCUGUA